GAUGACGUCAGAGUUGAGUCAUAGAAGGUAGGUCCUCCGGGGGCGCGAGACACUUCAUAACAAUUCAUGAACUGUCGGCCACCGACUUCCGGUUCUUUUGAAACAAUGUAUCCGAAUAAUACAUUUUAUCAUGAAAGAAUAAGUGUCGUGUUUUUAUUAUACGAUAAAAGUGGGCAAUAGUAUGACAUCUGUAUGAACGCUGGGUGACACCAGCAACUGAAUGGAUAACAUUAUUAGGUGUAAUGUUCAUUUAGAAAAAUGACUACUUUUUAGGCAGAACCAGGUCAUGAUCAUGAUGUAUUUUUAAACGCUUGAGACAAUUUAUAUCAUCAUUAGAUAAUGCUAUAAAUAAUGUAUUUAUCCUUUUGGCUUCUGAAUAUUAAACGUAGUAUAUUGAUGAAUAUCAGUCUGAAAAGCCAGACAUGAACUCUAUAGAAAUUACAUCCUAAAUGACAUUCUACAGUAAAUUCAUGCUAAUGUCCUGCCAGUCAGUAAAUGUCAGUGGAUUCAAUAUAACUAUAUACGUUCAUAGUAUAUAGUUACACAGUUACUGUUAACAAAACAGAAACUUCUGCUUAAUGGGGUGUGGACGAGAAAGAGGGAGAAUUAUAGGUUUCACAUAGCUGUAAAGGUAAAAAUGCAAAAUCUUGUGUUAAUCUGUCUGUGUGUGUGUGUGUGUGUGGCAGAGACAGAGAGAGAGAGACACACACACACACACACACACACACACACACACACACACAAAGAGAGAGAGAAAGCGGGGAACAUUUCUGAUCACACUUCUCAGUACUUCCUUGGGUGUAAUGCGGGCGUGAGGUCGGCUCCCGUUUGAAAACAGUCAAACACAGAAAAUAGCACAAAGCCAAAGAAACAACUACACAGCGAAAAGCUAUUGACACAAACACGUACAUAAAAUGAUGACGUAAGGAGAAGGAGAAAACACGUCUUUGUACCAAUUAACAUAAACAAGGCAACAUUUUACACGGAUAAACAUAAAUAAUAUAAAUAUAAAUAGCCUGUUGGCCACAGUAGUUUUGAAGGUGUGAUGCUGUGACUCUUUUUCUUUCUCGGGUGCAACUCGUGGACUCUUUAAUCCACAUAAGCUCCUGAUGCUUCUCUAAAGCCAUGCAAUCUGUUAGGUGACCAGACUUAACAACCCUACUCAACAAAACUGGGUUGAUAGCGUUCUGAAGCCACACUGUCGCUGGUCUGAAGAGAAAAAUAACCUUUGGAUGUUUCACACUGUCGACGCUGAGGAUUUAGCCCGAUUUGAUCCGAUCCUAGUUUGGCCCCAGCCGGCAUUCUCACUGUGGAGGAGAGAGGUGGGAUGAAAAUAGCUGGACUAGAGCUUGAAGAAGUCAGAAGAGGAUUUAAUCUAUAGAAAAAAAAUGGAUCUCCAAAACCAAUUGUCAAGCGAUUGGAGCCCGUAUUUUUACAAUCUGCAACUAUUGAGCUUUAACACAAGGUCAAACCAGGAGGGGAAUCCAGAUCCGUACUGCAGCGCGUGGAAGGACGCUGAGCAAGCCAAGGCCAAGAGCUGUAACAAUCGCUCCUUUGCCAUGGAAGCUAGAAUAAGACUCAAUAACUUGAAGUCAGGGUGUAAUUCACCCGUGCCCUCCCGGGCCACAGACGGGCUGUUGUACAACUAUAAUUUUGUAGAAGACCUCUGGGAUCGGGAAGAGUUAGCAGAGGAAGAGUCGGCUUUGGACUCGGUGGAGCUCCUUGAUGUAGAGGACGAUGUGCGGGAUGAGGAGAGCUGGUUAUAUGAGUCUCCAAAGAAGCAGGAGUUUGUGGAGAGAGGCGAGUCCGCCCUCAGAUGGUGUCGACGCGUCCUGGAUAACCGAAGUCCUGAGAUGGAGGCGGCCUGUCGCUCACUUAUGAAUAGGCUGGAUCAAAGAUCAAGCAGCCAUUUCUACAGAGGUGCUUCGGUUUUACAUCACAAUGUGAGCCGCUUUACGGACAAAACAUCUGUCAGCUCAACCCACAACAUCUGUGAGAGUCCAGAUGUGAGCCUCUCCCGUGGCGCCGUAACCACAAGCUACAGACUGCAGGACAUCACAGACGUCCACAUGAUAGCUCGUCUACAGGAAGCCAGUUUAAGACAGGACUAUGUUUCAAUGCCAGCUUGGAGGAGCUCAGAGUACUCUGGGAUGCUUCCGUCUUAUUUGAACAACACCGUUGAAAGUUCUGGGGACUUAAAUCUCCAAAACAAAACUGAAGCUUCAUCUUCUUCUCGUCGGCCACCUGGUGCGUCGCCACGGAGCUGUUCCCCUCGCCAGUCACCAACAUCUGGAGCUCAGCAGGGUUGUGAAAGUCCAAAACUGGCCCGACUUCCCCAGCAAGUCACCCAAUUCAAGCUGCUGAAACUCGCUCAGAAUCAAGCGGCGUCAACGGGCAGGACCAGGUGGCCUCUGGGUACCAGCCUCCGCUCCCUGCAGGCCGUGAGGAACAGCAGAAGCCUGGACACUGACGACUGCCACCUCGCUGACCCCAUCGCGUACCCACCAUCAGUUGCACCAUCUUGCCGAUCUCCGUCCCGUUCUGCAGCGCCCGUGAAGCACAACAGGCGGUUGCACUCAGUGAGAGAAUCCUCAGACGGGUCGGGGGUGGCGCUGAGGUCUCAGUCUCUCAGCCCCUGCAGGAUUCCGACCCCCGCCAAGGGGCACCGGCCUGAUCACAGACGCGUUUUUGCAUCACCGAACCGGUCGACCAGCGUAGCUCGGGGCAGAAAUGUUCCUUUCACUUGGAAAUGAAAUGUUCACAGUGACUUUAUAAUGAGGUAGAAAUAAAACAUUAAGACUUUCCUGUCAUAUUCACAUGCUGCAUGAUCAUAAACAUAGCUUUAGGUUAUGAUUAAUGUCUUUAUCAGAAUUGUUAAUAGUGAGGCAUGUUCCUCUGGGUGAGGGCCCAUCUUUUGGGCUGGGAUCAGAAUCUUCAUUAGUUGAAACCAAUUGCAGAUUACGACCCAAGAAUGUGUAGCUGUGGGCAUCAUGUGACAGAUCCAGCAGGUCUGUAAUUGAUCAAGAACACCUGCAACAGUGUUGGAACAAAAAGUAUUGUUAACUAUUCUAAAGGUGAGGAAUGUAAAGAUGUCAGAAGCUCUUUGUGUGUUGUGGAGAUAAUUCCACCCAUCAGUGCUCAGACUAUCCGUAUGUACAGUGCAGGACACGAGUACAUGAGAACUACAAAGUUUAGUAAGUUUAGCUUAAAGGUCACUCUGGCAGAUAGAAAUGCUGUUGUGAAUGUGUAAGUUUGCUCAAACCUCACUCGAGUGCGGUGGAUUACUAAACAGGGUGUUGUCAGUACAGGAAGUUUGCAGUUUGGCAUAAUGUACGAGGAACCAAACAGGUGACAGGAAGCGUCUUGUCUACCAAGAAAUAGGUGUGAGUUGGUUUCUUUUUAAUACAUACUGUGUCAUGGGUUGAUGUGAAAUGAUGUUUACUUUGCGUUAGUCUAAAACCUUUCUUUGACUCGCAUCAAAUCCAUCAAAAGUCUGUAUUUGUUGAGCUGUCUUUGAUCUCUAGUCUGCUAUUUGUGCCUGAAUGAGAAACAUUGACAUGCCACACAAAAGAAAUGUUCAGUGAUGUCACUGUACGGCAUGUUUAUCCGGUGGCUUAGCUCAACAUCUUCUAACUUUAGAUCCUCAGAUGUGGUCCGCGCAGAAUGCGUGGGACUUCAUUUAAGAGUCUGUUCACCAGCAGAGCAGCUUGGUGUCGCCAUUGAUAACCUUUGUACCGUACACCAGUGCUUUUUCCUGUGAAGCCAUGUCAGAAUAUCUGCCCUGAUUUAUUAACCAAAUAGGCCACCCGGUCAGGUUUUUACCACUAAUCGUAUAAGUUUCAUCUCUUACCUCAACUGCACACUAAGCAUGUGUCGGUCACAUAAGAGUUGUUGAGACACUCAAUAUAUGCAACUCAACAAAUUCUCCCCCGACAUCGUGAAGUGCUUUAAUGUUUUAGUAAACUUAUUGUGUCACUAGUGGUGAAUCUCAACAGAGAAAUAAAACAUGUUUUAUUAAACUUUGCUGCCAGUCUGAA